UGAGAGUAGAACGAGUGCUUGCAGCGAGCUUUCGAUCAUUUAAGCGAUUAUAUUGAGUGCUUGCAGCUUUCGGCAAACAUGUCUCACAUUUACCCUUGUUUUCAUUCCUUUCGAGACUGAGGAAUGCACUUACUAGUCCCCCAAGCCCUCUUUGUUGACAGCCCAAAUUUUUCUAUUCCCAUGCGACAGAAGUGUUCUCGCCUCAAAUCCAGUCGCGUGUUUUCCCGCUGCAGUUACCCAUCAUGUCCGGACAAGGUGCUGACGCUGCUGCUCCUCCUGCUUCACCAUCUACGUUCACAGACUGGGUCUUCGGCAUGAUUAGUACCCCAAACCCAAGGAAUUCUGCAUCAUCGACAACAAACCCGUACUAUGGUGCCCAGAAAAAGAACGAGGACGAUCCAAGAUUCCACGCAGCACAAGCUCUAACCACCAUCGAUACGAUACCCGUCCCGGCUCAAUGGACGGAUGACCAUCCGCAUCUCUUACAAAGGAAUGUCUCUGCGGUAUUGGAGAGUCUUGCGAGAACAGAGAGAGAGGAAAAGAUCAUCGCAAGCCAGGUUGCACAACUCAAGGCCAGGUCUGAUCGGGCAGCCCAAAGGGAGAUAGUCACUAUCGACAACGAUGAGAUUACUGUAGACCAUACCUAUAACCCAAUAGGCGGGUUGGAUCUCAACAGGAAUCUCAGAGGGACUAGAGGUGGAACUGGGAGUAAGAAACCGCCUGGAGGAGGAGGAGGCGGCGGAGAAGGAGAUGAUGACGAUGAUGACGACGACGACGAUGAUGAUGACAGCGAGGGAAGCAGUCCACCCAGAAACCCAAAGAAGCGGAAGUUUGACGAGGGAAAAGAUAAAAUAAACGAAUCGGAGCUAUACAAUAAUCUCGUAGACCGGAAAGCAAAGAAGACAAAAAGAGCCAGCCAUUUCGAGACUCAACCAGAGGUCAACUUGGUAGAUCUCAAUCCACAACCUAUCCGUCUCGAAUACGAACCGCAUUCUCUUCAGGAUCCGUCAGAUGAGUGGUUCACAGAUGCGUUCAGCAAGCUAUAUAAGCAAGCGGAAAGAUUCGUGGUCGACUUUUACGGUAUCCAUGACCUUGAUCGUGGAGUGUUCUUUGAGCCGUGGACUUGCGGCGUUUCUUCCGAGUUUAUCAGUUAUGCCGAGGGAGUUGCACAGCCAGACCCCGCUGUGGGUGGUUGGGACAAGAUUCUGAGGAGUACGGAGCAGAGACAAUGGUUCAUCAUGGGAAUAUUGAUGAGGAUCAUCCAGAGGAAGAUUUUUGACCAGGAACUAUUUGGUCAGAAUGAAUCCGAACGUAACCUAUUACAUAGUCUCGACCAGGCUCUUAACAAGCGAGAAGGAUUUUCCAGGCAAGCACUCCGAGCUGAAGCCGUACGCACAGUCAUCGGUCGCUCUCCAGUAACAGAAAACUUCUACAAAGAAGUCACUAAACUCACGGCUCAAGUAGCUCUCCUCCUAAACCCCUUGACAAACUACCUGUACGCACAAUCUCCACCCGACAAAUUGAAAAACCCCAACAGAGUAGACGUCUACCAAGCUCUCCACAACCUCAUCUCCAACGCCGCCUACCUCUCCAUCGCCGUCCGUCUCUCCCCCACUAUCUUCUACUUCGUCCCCGUCUCCCCAGGCACAGCCUACGACCCAGAGGACCACAUGAACUUCAGCGCCUCCUCAUUCACGAACAGCAAGCAAACCGUCAUCGACGCAUACACCGUAGCCGCCAAAGCCUUUGCCCGAAGAAUGAAACCGCUUAAAAGAGAAAAAGACCGCCUGAAAAGACUGAGACUUGAAGACACGGUCAAGGGAAGAAAAGCUGCAAUAGACUUCGAACGCAUGUCGCGAACCGCGCCGCUACAUCCGGGAGAUUCGCAUAGAGCUCUGUGUGGGAUCUCGUCUUGGCCUGUCAUUACGAGGUUCAAGCCAGGUGGUGAUGGUGAUGAUGACCUCGAUACGAGUUGUGCGUACCUGCCGGAUAAGGAUGGGUUUAGGAUCUAUCAGAUUAGUAAGGGCGGAGCGGUGUUUUAUUAUGGGUUUGAUAGGGAUAGUGCGGGGACGGCGGGGAGGCCGGAGAGGACUAGGUUGAGGCAUUGGGUGAGGCAGAAGGAGGCGGCGGAGGGGAAUAAGGCGAAAGGGGGCGUGUUGGGGACGGUUGUGGGUGUUGCGGCGCUUUUGGGAGCCGCGGGUGUGGGGAUGUUGUUGAAGGAGAGGGGUUUGGAGGAGGUUACUGGGCUUUUGGUUGAGGGUGUUAAUUCGUUGUGGUAGGAUGUAAGAGAGACUUCAAAGAAAGAAAAAGGACGGAGAGGAUGAACUGUAUCAUGGAGUUUUGAGGGUGUUGUCACUUGACAAAGAAGAGGAUCAGCUUGGAGGAAGGGAUGGGUUCUUGUUCAAGUCAAUUACAUUUUUCAGGU